AUGCCCAAUAAGAGAAGAGUAUGUAAAAACACUAAAGAAGAUAAAUAAUUGGAUUAUGGCAUCAGAAAUGGGUGUGAAGUACCUUAAAUAAAUGGAAGAUUGUAAAUUUACUCUAACUAUAAGUUGACUUAAAAUGAGCAGUUGAAAAAGAGAAAAUAGCAGAAUUAACACUACUUCAUGAAGUUAACUUAUUUCAAAAAAUUAGAAUAAUUUCAAUUUCAAAUAAAACUAUAGAAUGAUCAUAUUUAUAACUUUCAAAUUCAUAAUAUUUUGAUAAAUAAUAAUUUAUGCAUUAAGGUAUUUAGUUAUUUUUUAAUUAGAUUACGCUUAUAUGA